AUGGAUCAAGCAGUAUACGAAAAUCUUUCACACGCACUUUCUUCAAACCAAAGCGUACGAUUAACAGCAGAAGCAAGGCUAAAAGAGUUGGAAAAACUUCCAGCAGCAAUUAAUCUGAAAAAUUAUGUCGAAAAGCAUUGGUCGCCUUUGACUGAUAAAUUCAUAGGUCCAGAGCCAGAUUUUGAGAUAAAAGCUGUUGUACGCGAAUUAGCAUUUAAUGGAUUAUCCGAUCCUUCAAGUAAAAUUCGCGUCGCUUCGGCUUACGUUAUAUCAAAGAUUGCUAGCAACGAUUGGCCUGAUCAUUGGCCGGAUCUUUUGGAUUUAUUGAUAUCACAAUUAAAGUCUGGUUCUCCAGAUCAGAUCCAUGGUUCUAUGAGGGUCCUUAAUGAAUUUUUUAAACACGAUAUUACGGAACAACAAUUUUCUCAAGUAACUCCAUUAUUGUUGCCAGAACUUUCGAAAAUUUUGCAAUCUGAAGGGAUUCAUUCUUACAGAACUCGUGGACGUGCAAUUGCGAUAUUUAAACAAUGCAUAGAAAUAUUGGUUAUGCUUAAAGAAGAACACCCGGAAGCAAUCGAGCCUUUUCUAAAGCCUAUGUUACCCGAAUGGUAA